AUGAAUACUUCAGCUGAGCAAUCCUCCUUCUUCAAAGUCUUCCUUCCACAGUUUAGCUCUGAAAAAUUGCUACUCCCAAAAGAGCAUGUGGCAUUGACAAGGAUGAAAGAAAGGGUACCUGAGGAAUUCAUGCUGAGAAAUGGAAGAGGAGGAGCAUGGAGGGUGAAGACAAGUUGCAUUGGUGAGAAGGUGUAUUUUGAUGAUGGAUGGAAGGAGUUUGUAAGGGAUAAUGGUAUACAAGAAGCUUGUGUUAUUAUUGUUUUCAAUCCGGAUGGAAGCAGCACAUUCGAGUUCAAGAUCUUUGAAUCAUCAAUGUGUGAAAAGACACAAACCUUGGAGGAGGAGGCGGCAGUGGAGAUGGAGGAGUCAUCAGAAGAAGAAGAAGAAGAAGAAAAUGAUGAUGAUGAUGAUGAUGAUGAUGAUGAUGAUGAAGAUUAUGAGGAUGAGGACGAGGAUGAGGAUGAGAUGGAUCAUCAUAGAGCUGGGAAAGCUCCUGGAAAAAGGGAAAGGGGAAAUUACAAUGAUAUUAAGGAGUAUGGAGAAAUUAUUGCAACUUUUAUUGAUCAACACAACCCAUACUUUGUUUUCAAAAGGAACAAAUCCAGACCCAAUGAACUGCAUGUUCCAUGUAAGCUCAUUAAGGAGUACUCCAUUACCAUCCCAGAAACUAUUAAAUUAUGUUGCAAGUAUAUCAAAGUGAACUCGCCGGAGAAGAUUACCGUUGAGAGUAGUCCUUGGCCUGCUUUCGCCGGAAGAUCGAACAAAUGGAAAGACGGUCGAGUUUGCAUUAAAGGGUGGGGAGGAUUUUGCAGAAGGAACAAUGUAAAUGCAAGUGCUGAUACUUUCAUAUGUGAACUGAAGAUGAGUAAGAAUAUGAAAAUAGUAAAAAUGAUACAGGUCUAUGUUGUUAAGAAACAACCUUAG